UUGGUGAGGGAGUUUCUGUGUGAGCUUUCUUAAAGAAGCGCUUCCUUUUUAAUCAUAAUACUGCGUGGGAAAGUACACCAAACAUUUUUCUCUAAGAGAGCAGAAGAUUUACAUAAUUCUACUUCUGUGUAAAGAGAAUAAAUGCUGAUACAACACUGUGUUAUGGCUGCAAGCUUUGCAUUUACCUGUACUAUGGAAAGUUAGUUUUCUGUUUUCUGAGAUGCAUUUCUCAGAAAAAGAUGGUUUUGAAGAUGACUUCAAUAAAAGUGUUGCUGCCCAUGAAAGGGUUCCCUCUGGAAUUUUGUCACAGACUAUGAAUUACGUAGGACAGCUUGCAGGACAUGUCCUGGUUACUGUGAAGGAGCUGUACAAAGGCAUUAAUCAGGCAACCCUUUCAGGAUGCAUUGAUGUCAUCGUGGUCCGUCAACAAGAUGGUACAUACCAGUGUUCUCCUUUUCAUGUCCGAUUUGGGAAGCUUGGUGUAUUGCGCUCUAAAGAAAAAGUGAUUGAUAUAGAAAUUAAUGGCGAUGCUGUUGAUCUUCAUAUGAAACUGGGUGACAAUGGAGAAGCUUUCUUUGUACAAGAAACUGAGGAGGAAAAUGAAAAAGUUCCUGCAUAUUUGGCAACAUCUCCAAUACCCACUGAAGACCAGUUUUUUAAAGACACUGACAAUCAUUUGAAAUCAGGUGAAAACGAGAGAAUAUGUUCAAACUCAGAAAUUCCACACUCCGUGGAAACAGAGGCUGUAUUUACUCCAGGUUCCGUGAAAAAGAAGAAAAGAAGAAGAAAGAAAUACAAACAAGAUAGCAGGAAGGAAGAUCAGAUCUCUGCUACUGGGACAGAAGAGAUUUUUGAAAUGGAAAUAAGCUCAGAUGAUGAAAAAAGUGUUCAACCCCUAAGAGGAUCCUCAAAUUCAUCACCAAAGGGUGAAGAACAAAAAGAAUCUUUGAUUUAUCACUCAAAGGAUCAUUACCCCUUAUCUGAUGGAGACUGGUCCCCUCUGGAGAACCCUUUCUCUGAUCCAGUCUGUCCUAAAAGUGAUUCAGAACUAGAAGUUAAACCUGCUGAGAGCCUGCUUAGAUCUGAAUCUCACAUGGAAUGGACAUGGGGAGGAUUCCCAGAAUCCACCAAGAUAAGCAAGAAAGAGAAACUGGAACAUCCUAGAACAGCUACCAUUACUCCAUCAGAGAAGACUCAUUUCAGGGUCAUCUUGAGCUCUGAUGAAGUUGAAGAUGAUGAUGAUGUGAAAGAUUCUGUCUGUACCGUACUGAAACCUGAGCCAAGAAGUCAUCCUCUGCUUAAGCAGAUGGAUGUUAAAGAUUCUGUUGCUUCUGCAGUCACAGAACCUCAAGAUCUGUUGCCAUUAGAUGCUGAUCAUCAUUCCAGACUGUUGGUGGACCCUUUACCAGAAACAAAACCAACAGCAAAAAUUGACUCUCCUUCAAAAAAGAAAGGGGUGCACAAACGAAGUCAUCAUCAGGGGCCUGACGAUAUUUACUUGGAUGACCUAAAGGCUUUGGAACCUGAAGUUGCAGCACUCUAUUUUCCUAAAAGUGAUUCUGAUCCAGGUUUCAGGCAAUGGACAGAGUCCGAUACCCUUUCCGGUUCCCAAUCACCCCAAUCAGUAGGAAGUGCUGCUGCUGACAGUGGAACAGAAUGCAUGUCUGAUUCUGCUAUGGACUUGCCUGAUGUAACGCUUUCACUUUGUGGAGGUCUCAAUGAAAAUGGAGAGAUUUCUAAAGAAAAAUUCAUGGAACAUAUUAUUACUUAUCAUGAAUUUGCUGAAAAUCCUGGACUCAUAGACAAUCCUAAUUUGGUAAUAAGGAUUUAUAACAGGUAUUAUAACUGGGCGCUGGCUGCUCCAAUGAUUCUGAGUUUGCAGGUGUUUCAGAAGAGUUUACCUAAGGCUACUGUUGAGUCUUGGGUCAAAGAAAAGAUGCCAAAGAAGUCUGGAAGGUGGUGGUUCUGGCGCAAGAGAGAAAGCAUGACUAAACAGAUACCAGAGGCAAAAGAGGGAAAAACUGAGACACAAAGAGCAAAUGAACUGCCAGCAACUAUAAAAGAGCAAGUUAAUAGUAGACCUCCAGAAGAUGAUUCUUCUAGUGAUGAAGCAUCACAGGAGUUGAAGGAAUCCCUGAAAAUAGAUUCUGCCCCAGUAGAGCAUCCAGCCCAUGGAAACAUUCCAUCUUAUAAGAAGUCACUUAGGCUGUCUUCAGACCAAAUAGCAAAGUUGAAGCUCAGAGAUGGCCCUAAUGAUGUUGUAUUUAGUAUUACAACCCAGUAUCAAGGCACUUGCCGUUGUGCAGGAACAAUAUAUCUCUGGAACUGGAAUGAUAAAAUCAUCAUAUCAGACAUUGAUGGAACAAUAACCAAGUCUGAUGCUUUAGGACAGAUCCUCCCUCAGUUUGGCAAAGACUGGACUCAUCAGGGCAUUGCAAAACUUUACCAUUCCAUAAAUGAAAAUGGCUACAAGUUUCUCUACUGUUCUGCCCGUGCCAUUGGGAUGGCAGAUAUGACCAGAGGAUACCUGCACUGGGUGAAUGAUGAAGGAACAAUUCUCCCCAGGGGCCCUCUCAUGUUGUCCCCGAGCAGUUUGUUUUCUGCCUUUCAUAGGGAAGUAAUAGAGAAGAAGCCUGAGAAGUUCAAGAUCGAAUGUUUGAAUGAUAUCAAGAAUUUGUUUGCUCCCAGUAAACAGCCCUUCUAUGCUGCUUUUGGAAAUAGGCCCAAUGAUGUAUAUGCCUACAUGCAAGUGGGAGUUCCAGACUGCAGAAUAUUUACUGUGAAUCCAAAGGGUGAACUAAUCCAGGAACGGACUAAGGGAAACAAGUCUUCGUAUUACAGACUAAGUGAGCUUGUGGAACAUGUGUUCCCAUUACUUAAUAAAGAACAGAGUUCUGCAUUUCCGUGCCCAGAAUUCAGCUCGUUUUGUUAUUGGAGAGAGCCUCUUCCUAACCUUAACAUGGACGACCUAGCCUGAAAGAUAACUUCUCACCUAGAGAUGGAAUUUCAUAUUCAGCUACUCAACUUCAGUUUAAUGUGAAGAACUUUUCUUAAUGAAGAUGCUAAUUUAUAUACUGGUACCAUAAGUCUUACUAAAGAAAUCACUUUAACUCUUUUGGUUUAAAACAAAGAAAAUGCAAAGCUACUGUCUAUUUUUUUGUGUGUGGAAUUUGGGGUUUUGUUUGUUUAGGUCUUUAUUGCUCGUCUUUAUAUACCUGUUCUAAGGCACUUGAGAUUGGCCUGUCAUUGAAGGUCAUGGUACCCAAGUGCUUCAGGGCAAUGAAAUGCUGAGGUAAACUAUGACUUUGCAUUUUCAUCAAUACAGACCUUAUUGUAAACGUAAAUUUUUUUUGUAUUAGUCUUAAUAGUAUAUUUUAUAAAAUUAAGCCAAAAAGUAUAUGGAAACUGCCAAAUAGAAUGUCAGACUUAUUAAUAAGAAAUGUGGUCUAAUGUUCAGAUGGGCAAUUAGGCCAUUUUUUGAAAGGAGCCAGAACCUAAGACCAUUGUGCUUUUUCUCAGCUAAAAUACAGAAAAUUGUAGACGUUACUAGCCUGACAGACUCUGAAGACAUAAAAUUCCUCUUUAAAUGUAAAUAUGCCUUUGGUCAUAGGUACAAGACUGUGCUUGUACAGUUUACUCUCAAGCUAACUCUGCUUAUUUUUGUACAUGCAAUGCUUAAACUAUUUCAUGAGGUUGUUAAACAAAAGUUAUCUUCAGAAACUUGUAAUGCUUUUCUUGUUUUCAGGCUGCACUAUGUCAUGUUAAAUUUCCAUCAGAAAAAUCUUGAACGUUUCUGUGAGCAUUUCUGUAAGAGUUGAGGAGCUGGCAUUUUUAUUUCCUUUUUCAACCCAGAGAUGAAGCAUGUGUGUGUGUGCUGUGUAGGCCAGUAAAACAUAUGUACAGAUUAUAUUCAGGGAAUUGUAAUACUAAAAAAAUUAUGUAUUUAAUUUUUUAAUUGUCUACUGCAGGUCUUUCCAGAAUCUGUACUGCAGGUUUUCAGUAGCUGGAAGGAAAUGCAGCUCAAUAGUGAGAUUCCAGGUAUGAGAAUGGUUAAAUGCUGCAAAGCAGAAUAGCCCCCUUUUUUUUUCUUUUCUUGUUUGUAGGGUUUGGGGGUUUUUUGUUUUGGUUUGUUUUUUUGUUUUAGUUUCAGGUUGUUCAUAAACAUCAUUCCUGGUUCAGAUCAGAGCCUGUGAACAAAUUGCAUUCCAAGUCUAGUGUUUAUCAGCUAGCUGCAAAAGCUGCUAGUAUUUCUCUCUCCAAAAAUACUUGAAGGCAAAAGUAGUUCUGCUUUUUGAGUUAGUGCAUUUCACCUCCUUUGAAGAAAUCUACGAUGAGAAUGUAUCAUUCCACCAGUCCAGAGGACAUAAGGACUUGAGUCAUUUAAACAUCAAUCAUUGAAACACCAAGCCUGGGCUUUCUGGGCACACAGUCUUUUCUGUCACUUCUUAAGCAAGUUCCUGGUGGCCAUGCAUUAAGGAUCCUUCUAGGGGCAAUGUCCAGAAUUUCCACCAGGCUCUCUGGUAGGUGACCUCUUCCUGUACACAGCUCCCAGUGGGAGCAGAGAAAUGUGUGGGUAAGUUUGAGAGAUCUUUAGAAGGUGUUUUAGGCAGCUAACUGCUGUGGUGCCUGCACCAGGGCUGCUUUCCUCAGGAACAGUUGGGCAGGUCCUUCUGUCUCAGCUUACUUGGACUAAAUGUAGGGAAGGAGCCCUCUUGGUCUCACUACCUGCAGGAGAGUACAUUUAGAGGAUUUUACCCCAUGCAGGAAUAUUUAUCAGGCUGAGAAGCCUUCACCAUGGUUCUGAUGCAACACCAGCUGAAGCCAGACUCUUGAUGAACUGCUGGGGGCAUAAUUUUUACCUCACUAUAUAAAUGAGAUUAAUUUUUUCUUUCUCCCUUAUAAAACUCUAGUGUAUUCCUGUGUUUACAAAACAUGAUGUAAAGAGUGGGGGGAAGCAAGGUCAACAUGGAACUUCUCUUUCAAAGCAGUGGUAUCAGAGUGGGAAAGAAAACAUACUUAUCUGUCACAGUGUUCCAUUCAUGUCAGUGAAUUUUAAGGCAUCCUUGUUCUUGCACAGUGAGAACAGUAGGUUUUGUGACUGUUUCAGCAAAUUCUUGGUCCUGUCACAAAUCUACUGGGUUUUUUUGUGUAUUUCACAGGAUUCAACUCAAAAGAUAUUUUGCUCUUACUGCUUUAUUUGCUUUUUUUUUUCUGUCAGAAGCUUGCAAGCAUGAUUCCAUGUUGUUUUCCUUUUAUUACUUUUCAUUCCGUAGAUUUCCUUAGGAAUAGAAAUUUUCAUGAUCACCAAGUGCUUUGAAUAUCAGUGGGAUUUGAGCUUUUAUGUCACUUUAGUACAUUAAAAUAAAUAAGAAUCCAACAUAAUAAAGUAUUUUAGUUAAAAGAUUAAAUAUUCUAUCAAAAGAUUCUAUUUUACGUAGAGUGAGUGAAGCUGCCUCUCCUAAAAGUCAGAAUUUUCUUUACCAUGCUUAACUUAAUCUCAGUGGCCCUGCUAUUACACAGGUUUCCUUAAAAAUAAAAGCACUUCUUGAAACUGGGAUGGCUUUCCAAACGGGACAGAUUGUUACCAAGAUUUGACUGUGUCUUUCUUGGUUGACUUUUUUAUGUGAUUAAUUUUUUCUUUUUGCUUUUGUUCAUAUUUUCUGAUUGUCAUAAAGAUAAGCUGUGGUUUUAAGGUGGGGACUUGAGUAAAUGAGCAGUGUAGAAAAACAGGUGUAUCUCCAAAUGCAUAUAAUUUAAGCUGGUAUGAAUUUGGGAGUUGUGUAGUUGUAGAGAGCUCCUCAUCUGGCUAACCUGUUAUUUUGCAUUAUAAGGGUGUCCAAGAAGUUGCUUAGUUAAAAAUGCUGCAUUUUUGCUUUGCAACAGCUACAGUUUUGAUAUUUGUCUUUUGAUAAAAUGUAAAUUGUUCUUGAGUAUUUCUCAUAUGAACAGGGGAGGGAUCUGGUUUUGUUUUGUUUUUCUAAAUCUGGCUUGUAUUUGAAUCUCUUCAGAUUGUUUGUUAACCCUGCUUAGGGACAGAUUAUGGGGGGCACUGUACCUGUCAUUGCAUACCUAUGUAAUUUGAACUGCUAGGCACUUUACUGACUCUAGGAAAGAUAUCUCAUUCCUGUCAAACUGCAGGCUUGUGCUGCAAUAUUAAUACAAAGUGGGGUAAAUAAGUAUGGAUUAGCCUGUCCUUUGUUACCUUAGUUGAGAGAAGUGGCCUGAAACUGAUGUUUGAGAACAAGUUGUGCUAUACUUAUUUAAAAUUAGCACAAGCUAAAUAAUUCUUUCUGUGAAAGAGGAACUUCUAAGUGUGUAUGUCUGUAGGAGCAUGCACACCCCUGUUAAGGCUGUGUUGUUGAAGAUACAGAUCCUCUUAGCAUCGGAACUGUGUCAAAGGCUGAGCCAACGAUACCUAUCUGGGAAUAAAAAAGUAACAUUGCAAUUCAGAACUUGUUAGCAACUUGGAUGUUACCCAUUUCUCUAACGAUUUAAAGAUAAGUAAUUUAAGUGGUACACAUUUCUGGAUUUUUUACUUUUUUUUUAAUUGCACCAGGCUUGUUUGUACUUCAAAAGGUUGGGCUCUCCUCCCUAACAGCGUACAGUUGCAUGUGCAAUGUUGGCUCACGUAUCUUUAGCUUCCUGUCAUCAGUAUACUCCUUCUAAAACAUGGUUUUUUUUCAACUGGAAACGUUUUAACACUCAUGUCAACUCUGUUAUGGAACUUCUGAAUCCAACUCUGAACCUGCUUAUGGUCAAAGACAAAGAUGAGAUUUCAUGUUAAUAUUUCAUACAAGUCUUCUAGAAAAUGCUGUCAUAUGAAUGAGAGUUGUUUAAAUGACCGUAAUGCAAAUUGAUAAUGAAACAUCAAAAAUACAAAAUGAAUUUGAGAUGCCUUUAAAGUGUCACUUUAGCCUGAAGAAGGUUUUGUUUCCAAAACUGAAUUCUCCUGAAAGAAUGGAAUUGAUUUGGAUUUUUUUUACAGUGUUAAUUACUUCCAGACGAAAGUCAAAAUAUUGGUUUAUUUUGAGAGUGGGGAAACUCUUCAAGAAUUCGUUUCAUUUUUAUGUUGAAGAUGUGGAAUAUUUGAUUGUUAAGCAACCCAAUCACUAAUAAGGUAGUGUGUUACAAAUUGUCAAAUCUGUGAUCAUACCAAUAGAGUGGUUUUUGUUAAGACUGGACUAUCUUGGGUACAGUAACCCAUACUUCAGUGCAAUGUUUAUUGAUGUUCAGAACAAUGUUAUCACAAUAAACAAACUUAAACUGAA